AUGGGUGGGCUUCUGGACAGCAUGUUUCAGGGCCACAAGUCCAGCUUCAGGGAGCUUGAGAACGGGACUCCACAGGGCGGCAUCCUCAGCCCGUUCCUAUUCAACAUCCUCAUGGAGCAGCUGGUGGCACUGCCGUUCCGUGAGGGCACCGUGCUGCUGAGCUACGCUGACGACCUUGCUCUUGUUGUCACGGGACGGGGCAACAGGAUGGACAAAGCUCAGCAGGCCCUGGACCUUAUCACCGAGAAGUGCGAGGCACUCGGCCUCAAGAUCUCGGCACAAAAGUCCCGGGCCAUGGCAAUCAGGGCAGCCACUCCAGCCGGUCAACUGCAGGCCCAGGGCAUAGGGUUAGAGUGGGUCAACAGGUACCUGUACCUCGGAGUGUGGCUGGACUCACGACUGUCCUUCACCACCCAAGCCAGCUACGCAGUACGGCCCCUGGUGGACUACUGCGCCCCUGUCCUCGUCUCCCUCUCCUACAGCCAACAAAAGAAACUCGAGGUCGCACAGAACUCCGCCCUGAGGGUCAUGCUGGGGGCGCCGAGAUGGUGCAGCGCGUGCGUGAUGCAGAGCGAAGCCGGACUGGUGCCCCUCGCCUCCAGGGUGGAGUACGUCGUCGCCUGCAGCGUGGCCAGGAUCCUCCUCCGAGACAAGGAGGGCGUGGCGCAGCGGAGACUGCGGACGGCCAUGGCACAAGGCAGGGAGGUGCUCCGAAACAACACGUGGCUCAUCCACACCACCUCAGCCGUCCACGGACUCACCCGCACACUCGGCUGGUGGCGGGAGGCCGAUGUCCCCGCUCCCUCCUUCCACCCCCCGCCCCCGUGGGAACCGUCCAUCGCUCCCUUCACCGCCACGCCGAUGCCAGCAAGCAAGGCCCUCUGCAUCACCCAGGAGCUGCGGCAGCGCGCCCUUAUGUCCAUGGCGCAGGUCACCGAGCCAGGCAGCGCCGUCUACUACACGGACGGCUCGGUGGACCCGGUGAGCGGCAGAACGGGCGCUGCUGCCAUCACCGGAGAGACGAGGCUCUUGUGUAGGACGGCUGACCACUGCUCUACCCUCCAGACGGAGCUGGCCGCCCUCCUCCUCGCCCUGGAACACGCCCAGGCCCGCCCGGAGUUGACCGUCGUCAUACACACAGACUCCCGGGCGGGGCUGGAAGCCCUGCAGCGUCCGCGCGUCACCGACAACGUGGGCCUCGUCACUUCCGUGCUUGGCAGCCUGCAGAGCCUCGCCGCGCAGGGAAAGUGCGUCAGGCUCCACUGGAUCCCCAGCCACGUGGGGGUACGCGGGAACGAGGCUGCGGACGAGGCCGCCAAGAGGGCCGCUGCGGGCCCCACAAUCACCAGACGAGUGCCGCUCAGCCUGCAGCAGACCAAGGCUGAGGCGAGGCACGCUGCAUCCUGGCAGGCGCAUCAGAGCCACCGGGAGCUAGAAGGCUGGAAGAAGCAGGCGGCGUGGUACUCCAUCGCCACCGGCUACCACCCCCUGGAUGACGCCCAGCAGCAUCCCAGGGCAGACGGUGUUCUGCUGCAGCGUGUCAGGCUGGGCUACAGCACCAGGGAGCAGCUCCAGGACGGUUUCCAGGGGCAGGAGUGUGCCCACUGCGGCAGACACAGCCGCCUCCCGCUGGUGCACUAUCUGCUGUCGUGCCCGGCCACCGCGCGAAUCAGGUCAGCACCCAGCCUGCACCCGGCGGCCUGCUGA